GAUGCAGAAGGUGUACUUGUUGCAAAUAUUGGAAGUUACAUGGGAGGGGUUGAUUUGUGGCAGAAUGAGGAUGAGAGUUAUGACAAUUUUGAUCCACAGUCAAUGCAUGACAAGAUGCUGGAAGUUGUUAGCAUCAAGGGAACAUGGCAUCUCGGGAAGCUUCAGGUUGGGCUUUCUCGAGCUUGGAGGUUGGCACAAGGGCAAUCCAUCAAGAUUCAGCUUUUUGCUCCCUUCCCUGUUCAGGUGGAUGGAGAACCUUGGUUUCAGCGACCUUGUACAUUAGUAAUAUCUCAUCAUGGCCAGGCAUUCAUGUUGAGGAGAGCAGCAGAGGAGCCUCUUGGUCAUGCUGCUGCCAUAAUAACUGAUGUGCUUGAAAAUGCUGAAACAAGCCGUGUGAUCACUGCCUCACAGAAGAGGGCCCUCCUUCAGGAGAUGGCACUAAAGCUUUCAUAGAGUCUGCCAGAUAUCUGGAAUAGUUUUCUGGUUUCUGCAGCACUGCCAGAUGCUGUCACGACAGUUAUGUUUUUGUAUAUGAUGCCUAUCCAAGUGCAGCAACUCUUUGUCCAGUGGAUCAUCUUUCCUAUCAGAUGUUUCUGGCCCUUGCGAUGUCAAAAUCAUAAAUCGUUGCUGAUAUUCUGUAGAUACCAUGACAUUUUGUGUAGAUAAUGGAAAAUUGUAGUUCUAAGUUCAUCUUCAUUCUGGAGUCCAUUUUUUUUUUUAACAAUAGCUGACAAUAGAUUGAGAGGUUUCCAUUCUCAAAGAUUAAGUUUAUGCAUGCUUCUUUCCAAUACCUUAUGUUUUAAGGAUUCAGCAUGAUAUCAUGUCAGAUCUAAGAGACUUUCUAAUUACCUAAUUUGGGGUAU